AUGUACGAAAACGUAAUCUUCGCGGAGUCCCAAGAAGACAACGACCUUCCCGGUCUUCCGGACGGAGACGAGUCACACGGAAAUGAAGAAGUCCAACCCGAGGGCCAGACCACCAUGAUAACCUGGCCGCUGACCACGCAGGCCACCGAGGAGCACUCGCGCACCAGAGGGGACAUAUCAUUCCUUCGUCCAUCUGCCAGCAUCUCGCGUAUCCGUUCCCAGCUCGGAACGCAGGAAUCCCAAGAAACGGAUUCGUACAAUUACUCUGACGCAUCCUCAAUUGGACAAUUCCCGGCCUUCCAUUUCAGCCUCCACACUCUCACACCGCUGUCCACGCUCAUCGACCAAGCGAAUGCCGCGCGCGCAGCGGGACGCAUGCCUCUACAGAAGGUGUCCCACAAGGUCAGCAUCCUCGCUGCGGUCCUCGAGGUCGACGGUCCAGACAGCAUCCGCAUCAAGAAGGGGCCCGACGCUGGGAAGGAAGUCGCCCUGCUCAAAAUCAUCCUGGGCGACGAGUCUGGUGGUAUUUGCAAGCUCGCCGCCUGGCGUGAGAUCGCCGAGGACUGGGGCGGACUCAACCCGGCCGUCCCCACGCCCGCGACGAAGAAGGGCGACAUUGUCCUCCUCGAAAGUGUCCUCGCUUCAUGGGAGCCAGAUCCCGGCGGCACUUCCACGACCAGCAUACCUAUCAGCCUCUCCGCAUCCCCCCAAUUGAAAAGCCGGCUCGAGAUCUGCUACCGCACGCUCCCAUCCGCUCCGCAGGACGCCCGCCUCCGUCCCGACCUCCGGCUUGGACUCAGCGAUGCAGCCGUGCGCAAGGUCGCCGGCGUCGUGCGCUGGUUCGAAGGCGUCGCGGGGCUCGCGCCCUGAUCGAACGAACGCUUGCUCAGCAGCAUGGGACGUCUUCGCACAGCGGAGUGCGCCUCCCCGCAACCCUACCACUCCCAAUCCACAACCAGUGGUCACGUACCACCCUCCGUCGCGACGCAGCGGAGCCCCGCCCAAUCCGCCCAUGGCCAAAGUGCACCCUCUCCAUUCCAUU